AGUAUAAAUAAUCUGUGGUGUAGGCAUUGAACUCUACCAAGCAGAAGUCUGUCGCUCUCAGGCUUAAGCCUUAAGUCCAUCUAGUGGUUUCAUUUAAUUCUUCAAUCAUGUUGAAGUUGGUGGUCGUUGCACUGCUAGCUAGCCUCGUGGCAACAAUUUCAGCUGAAAAACACUGGGCCCUUCUUGUCGCUGGUUCGAAUGGCUUUUAUAACUACAGACACCAGGCAGACAUAUGCCAUGCAUUUCAUGUCCUCCGAAAUCAUGGUAUUCCUGAGGAGAACAUUAUUGUCAUGAUGUAUGACGACAUUGCCUACAGUAUGAGCAACCCAGUGAAAGGUGAAAUAAUAAAUCAUCCAAAUGGCCCGAAUGUCUACAAGGGUGUUCCUAUACAUUACUCUAGAGAAGAAGUAACACCAGAAGUUUUUCUAAAAGUAUUGACUGGAGAUGCUGAGGGAAUUAAAAAACUUUUGGGCAGAGAAGGAAAAGUUAUCACUAGUGGAGCAGAUGACAGGAUCUUUGUCAACUUUGCUGACCACGGUGCUCCUGGUAUUUUGGCUUUUCCUCAAACCUAUUUACAUGCUGAAGAUCUUCACACAGCUAUCAAGACCAUGCACGCCAACAAACGUUACAAACAGAUGGUGAUGUACAUUGAGGCUUGUGAGUCUGGCUCCAUGUUCUACAACCUUUUGGAAUCUGAUAUCAAUGUUUUUGUGACAACAGCUGCCAACCCUGAUGAAUCUUCCUACGCCUGCUACUAUGAUGAGAGAAGACAAACUUACCUCGGAGAUGUGUACAGUGUCUUCUGGAUGGAAGAUUCAGAUGUUGAGGACCUGUCUCAAGAAACCCUGCAAAGCCAGUUCAAGUUGGUGAAGAAGGAAACCAACACAAGUCAUGUGAUGGAGUAUGGAGAUUUGAAAAUGGGCAACUUGAAAUUGGCAGACUUUCAAGGCAAUCUGACCUCCAGGACAUUCAAUUUUGGCAGAGGUUUGCCAUAUCACCCCACAGUGGAUGCUGUACCCUCAGAGGAUGUGAAGAUGGAAAUCCUUAAAAGAAAAAUUAGAUCAGACAGCAGCAACCAAGAAACUCUGAAAGCUUAUGAAUCCUUGAUAAAGCUGAAACAGGAGAGUGAAGACUACUUCAAGAAGGUUGUUGAACUUGUGACCCCCUUCCCCCUGUACGAGAUAUACCUGCACGCCCCACUCCAGUUCACAGACUUCAAAUGUUACAGGGAGAGUCUGAGGCUUAUUUCAGACAUGUGCCCUGGUCUGAGUCUUGUACAGAAUGACUAUGCACUGAGGAAACUGCGUGUGAUUGCCAACAUGUGCGAGGCUGACAUCCCUCACCAAAAAAUCUGGUCAGCCAUUGGUAGAGCCUCGUACGACUCCAGCAUCUGCAAGACAACUUCGUAAAGUGAAUUCCAUCACUUAGGUGUCAUCUUAACGAUCUUUAAUGAAAUCAUUUAGGUGUCAUCUUAACAAGCUUUAAUGAAAUCAUUUAGGUGUCAUCUUAAUAAUUUUUAAUGAAAUAAUUAAGGUUAUAUCUUAAUGAUCUGUAAUGAAAUAACUUAGGUUGUAUCUUAAUAAUCUUUAAUGAAAUCGUUUAGGUUACAUUUUAAUGAUUUUUAAAUAAAACCAUUUUGGUGACAUCUGAGUGAUUUUGAACCAGUCAUCUUAGUGACUUCUUCAAGUUUUCUUUACCAGUCACCUAAGAUUUGUACAGUAAAUUUUAAUUUUUUGCAUGCUCACUGCGACAUUUUUUGUUUUCAUAUUUGACUUGUGAUAAUGUUGGAAGUAUAUGGGAACGAAUUGUUGUAUGAAUGGAUGGUACUAAAUUAUUACCAUAAAACCAACUGAACUGCAAAUGUUCAUUUUAACACUGUCUUUCAGGUCGAAACCAUCAUAAUGUAUUGUUAUAAAAAGUACUUUCCGAUAAAACUGAGACCAAGAGAAACAUUGAUCCCAGUUAAAUAUUUUUAUAGGUUUAAACUUGCCAUAACAGCAAGCUAAACUUGCCGUAACUGCAAGCAAAACUUACCAUAACCCCAAGCUUGCGGUAACUGCAGGUUACCGUGACUACAAUAAAACCAACAUUUGCCUUGGUCGUUUCUCUAGUUUCAUGUUAAACAGGCCUGUACCUAAUUUCUGUACAUAUUGUCAAGUCUUUCUUACAUGUUUUUUGUUAUAUUGUCCACCUAUUGUUUCAAGGAAUCAAAAAUAUUUCUCACCAAUUUUUACUUAUCAGAAAGAUUAUACAUUCAGCAGGUUAAUUUAGUAUUUUGUAUACAGCAGCUUUCAAGCUUCAUAAAAUAAUUUUUUUCUGUUUGCUUGAUAAAAUCUGAACAUAUUUUAGUGGCUAUUUUAUCUAUUUUUUGCAAUUGAUACUCCACAUUUCAUGAUUUAACAGUUUCAGGGUUUUAGAAAUCUCAUUUUAUUUUUAGUUUAGGUAGAAAUUUGCUUUUGUAAAAUUAUUCUGAUUUUUAAUGUUACAAGGAUUUAUAUACACACUGUGCUUAAAACUGCAUACAUUUCAUGUAUAGCACGUGUGUUAAUAAGGUAAUUAUAGAAAGGUAAAAUGAUAAUCAAAAUGCAUUCCUUUGUACAAUGUUCUAAUUUCAGUUCAUGUCAAACGCUUGUCAAUUUUUAAAAAUUAAACUUCUUUUUGAAUAAAAGUAAUUGGGACUU